AUAAAAAUAUCAAGAUCAAAAUGUCCACAAGAUGGUAUCCUCUGUAUCAAAAAGGUAAUCCCCAACUUAGAAUAUUUUUGCCAAACUUUUGGCUGAAAUUAAUUGAACCAAAACAUAAACAACCCAAAAAUGUAGUACAAUUUGAAUGUUCUAUGGAAAUGACAAAAUUUGAUGUGAUUAAUUAUUUAGAAAAAAUUUAUAACGUUAAACCUGUUGAUGUGAGAACAAGAAUAGCACUUGGAAAAUGUAAGAAACUACACGGUCGUUAUUAUGUUAUUAAAGAAGAUGAUGUCAAGCUUGCUUACGUUAUUUUGGAUAAAAAAGAAUCAUUUACAUUUCCUGAUCUUUUCCCACAAAAAGAAAAUAAAACCGAAUCAGCUUUGGAUGAAGUAAAACAAGAUUUUAAAUUAUAUUUAAAAGAUUGCAAAGAACCAAGUGAACCUGGAUGGUUCAGAAUUUAGAUUUUAUAUUUUGAUCACAUUAUAAAGAGUAUUUUUUAGUUCUCUAUUAUUUAAAAAUCAUUAAUCUAAUGUAAAAAGAAAAACAAUAAAAACAAUUUAGUUUUUAGUAAGAUAAAAUAAAAUUUAUAAACAUCGAGUGUUAAUUUUAUCUAUUGAUAAAUUUCUUUUCACUUUGUCUAAAAUUAGUAAUUCAGUAAAAAAGUAGGUUAGUUAUAUAAAAUAAUAAUAAUGUACAGAUUAAUUUAUUGUAAUUAUCAUCACAUGAGAUCAUGUUCUUAACGAAGACAUUUCGUAACAUUUUAUAAUAAAAUAAAAAAAUAUCAAAAAGUGCAACAUUACGAUGAUUGUUACAAAUACAUUGAUAUAAUGAAAAAUUCAUUCUCAAUAUAUUUCUAUUUCUUC